GCCCUCCCCUUCCGGCGCGGUCCGGGCCAUGGCGCAGGGGCAGCGCAAGUUCAGGCGCCGAAGCCCGGGAAAAGCAGGAAGGCGGCGGCCGGGGCGGCGGCGGCCGGGCGCAGCCGCGGCCCCGAAGAAAGGCGCUCGGGUUAUCGCCCCCAAGAAGGCGCGCAUCGUGCAGCAGCGGAAGCUGAAGAAGGACCUGGAGGUGGGGAUCCGGAAGAAGAUCGAGCACGACGUGGUGAUGAAGGCCAGCUCCAGCCUGCCCAAGAAGCUGGCACUGCUGCGGGAGCCUGGCAAGAAAAAGGGGGCCACCUCCAGCCCCGCGCCGUCCUGAAGGCCACCCCCCCCCACUGCUUUCUUCCCAUUGGGCGACCUCCAGGGACCGCCCCCCCUCGCCCCGCGUGGGAGCUGACCACCAGGUGUACAAUUUGGCAGCAAGGACUUCUAUGCCACUGGCGUCCCCUGUGUCUGCCCUAUCUUAACCCAGCAAUAAACCCGUCCUGUCCCUCC